CAUCCGGUAGUUCUAAGAAAUGAAAACAGUAGAAAUUAUAGUUCACAGACAUACGUUGUACUAUAUUUCACUUAAAACUUUGAAGUGACAAAAUAUAACAAGAAUAAUGGACUUAACAUUAAUCAAAAUCUUCUGAAAAGUCGCAAUAGGACAAAGCGCUAUUAGUGAUUCUGUUAUUCAAGCUGGGACAAAAUCAAAAAGAAUCAAAAUACAUUUUUUUUUGUAUACAUAAAUAAUGAAAAAUGUCUGGAAAAUUAUCUUGUAGAAAAUUUGAUGUGAGCUGAAAGCAUGCAAUUUUAGUUAUCCAGAAAAAAUAAGAGCUAGUUAUACACUUACAAGCUUUCUAACUAGACUGUAAGUUCAUUAAUGUUUAGUGAGAUAGUUAAUUCCAUGCUUAUGUCGUGAUUAUCAGAUUCUAUUCAGUUAUUUCAGUAUUUUGGAAUUUUGUUGAACAACAGCAUACUCUGCAACAGGAGUUAAUGGUAUAUUGAUAUUGAAUAUCAUGGAGAUAAUGUUAUCGUAUGAUGUGAUUGUUAAAUUUACAAAUAGUGCUUUCCGUGUGGAAUUAUUUCUAGAUAAUGUGUUGAUCCAUUUAUAUCUAACUUAUCUUUAUAUCUUAUUACUUACUGAAUAAUAGUUAAAAGGUUUGCCUAAUACAUGUAGUAUCGCUUAAAUAAUACUUUACCUUAUAAAUGAAAACUUUUCCAUUGCGAAUUAUCACUAAACGGCAACAAAACUGUAUCAGUCACAGUAUCCAUGAUAUUACGAGGAAGUUGAAUUUGUUUAAAAAUGAUCAAACCAUUGUCAAGAGGUUUACAAUGUAUGACAUAGAUUUUUAUUGUGCGGAUUUGCUAAAAUAACUUGAUAGUUCGUGUAUUUAUGUUAUCAGAGUGUCUGAUUAUAUCAGAUUUGUGUGCAAUAUUAUGGAACAAAGCCAUAAGAAAGUAUUGAAAAUGAUACAUUGUGACUGUAUAUAUUGAAUUUCUGGAGAAAAUAUUUUAUUAUUUGAAGACAUGAUAUAUAAAAAACAAUAACUUUAAUUUAGACAAGGCGCGCUGUUGAUUUAUGCUUUCCAUGUUCAUUUAUUUCUGGAUAAUGUUCCAGGUGUUUUAUUAUCUAACAGGGAUAGGCUGUAUUAUUCUGACGUUGUGAUAUUUGUUUUAAUUGAAGUAUAUAUACAUAACACACACCUUGCCGAUUUUGUUAUAGCCAUAAUAUUUGUCAAAGUUGGAUAUCAAGACAUUUCCAGCACAGGAUAAAAUUACGUGGAUAAUACGGACGAAUUACGUAAGAAGUAUGUCAACAUCAAGUUGCGAAACUGUAUUUUCUAUCGGGGAAAUAUCAAAACUUAAAGUUCGGACAAAGCGGAUCCAACAGAAACUGUAUGAAGACAGGGAACAAAACGAUACAGCCUUCUUAAACCCACGUCAGAAUGAGAAUGGUGAUGCGAUAUUGCAGCCUAAGAGUAAACGAUCGGCCUCAAGACUUACAUUUGAGAAAAUCGGCGGCCACCACCGAACUUUGUCAUCUCUUGAAGAGGAUUUUAUUUAUGCUGCGGAGUUUGGAGAUAUACCAACAGUUCAGCGUGUUCUCGACGAGAAUCCGUCUCUCAACGUGGACUUCAGCGACAUAUUGGGACGUACACCUCUGCGUCUCGCCGUCGGAAACGAACAUCUUGAGGUUGUGGAACUACUUUUGGACAGAAGUAAUCUGGCCAAUAUAUACGAAGCAUUGUUACAAGCCAUUAGUUCUGGACAUGAACAGAUAGCAGAGUCUAUUCUCAAACAUCCGAAAUAUCAGGGAAUGAAAAAGGAGCAUAAACAUUUUGGUGAAACUGACCAUUUCUUCAACACCGCUAGCGAAGACUCUCCCUUUUCAUCGGAUAUUACGCCCUUGAUUUUAGCGGCGGAGCGUAAUCAGUUUGAAAUUGUGCAGCUUUUAUUAUUGCGAGGGGAGACAAUUCGAAAGCCCCAUCAUUACUAUUGCAACUGUCAAGAGUGUAGUAAUAAGUUAGAGUUUGAUCAACUCAGACUGGCAAAAACACGACUUAAUGCAUACAGAGGCCUUUGCAGUGGAGCGUACAUUUCACUUUCCAGUAAAGAUCCUAUUUUAACAGCUUUUGAGCUUGCGAGGGAGCUCAGAGGGGUUGCGAAGGUAGAAAAAUAUUACAAGACAGAAUAUUUGGAACUUGCGGACCAAUUAAGCGUGUACGUUGUAAAAUUACUAGACAAGGUCAGAGGUCAUGAUGAACUGGCAAUCCUCCUCGAUAAGACAGGCCGGGACAGUGAGGUGGAGACGUACGAGAGACUUGCAAGACUCAAACUCGCCAUCCAGUACAGCGAGAAAAAGUUUGUUGCUCACUCGAGUUGCCAACAGAAGUUGGUCAGUAUAUGGUACUCUGAUUUGCGAGCUCUGGAGAGAUCUAACUGGUUUUUCCGCUCAAUGCUGGUCUCAUUUAUCACAUUUGGCUAUCCAUUCAUGUGUAUUCUUUACCUUUUGGCGCCAAAAUCUCAGAUUGGUCAGUUUCUGCGUUAUCCGUGCAUCAAGUUCAUUGGCCAUACGAUGUCUUUUGUUGCGUUCCUCGUCAUGUUGUUGACCUCCAGUAUGAUGGAGAAUCCACGCGACCUGUCACAACUAUCCAACUUUAAAGAACAAUACAAAUAUUACGGGACUUUCCGAACCAAAUCCCCUUAUGUUUUAUUUCGCAACCAAAGUUUUCCAUCUGAUUUUAAACUGCGACCAUUUACACCACAGACUAUUAACAUUAUUCUGUCCAUAUGGAUCAUUGGUAUGUUGUGGCAGGAGCUGAAGCAGGUGUACUCGGAAGGAAUUUACAACUACUUCGAGGCUCUCUACAAUUAUCUUGACUUUGCCGUCCUCACCUUAUACAUCACGUCGUUUACUCUUAGAUUUCUUACAUUAAUCAAGGUCCAACACGCACUUGAAUACUUCAAAUUAGAGAGUAAUUGGGAGAAACUUCAAAACCAGACUGCAUCGGCGGAGGAAGAAUUCUAUUGGCUCAUAGCAGAUCGGUUGUAUUGGGAUUCCUGGGACCCACACAACAUUGCCGAGGCGAUAUUUGCCGUUGCUAAUGUGAUAAGUUUUAGCAGAUUGUCUUACAUCCUUCCUGCACACGAGUUGUUUGGACCAAUGCAGAUAUCCGUAGCUCAAAUGAUAACGGACUUUCUUAAGUUUUUGGCGGUGUUUUCUGUAUUCUUUGUCGCAUUUAUGGUGGGCCUGCACAAUUUGUACUGGUAUUAUCCAAAAGAGGUGAGAAAUCAAGUGGAGCUUGUGAAAAAUGAUAUUACAACAACUGCCGAGGAACAUUUUGGAAUACCACAUAUAACUUUUCGGACGGUGUUCUGGUCAUUAUUUGGCCGUGGAGAGCCAACAGCAGUAGAAGUGGAGCCGUUCGGACACAAAACGACAGAGACCGUCGGCUACUGGAUAUUUGGAGCGUAUAACUUCUGUACAGUUAUUGUAUUGCUCAACAUGCUGAUUGCCAUGAUGUCAAGAUCGUUUGAGCUUAUUCAGGGUCAAGCUGACACGGAAUGGAAAUUCGCAAGAAGUAAACUCUAUAUGGAAUACAUUAAGGACGAAUCAACAUUACCUAUUCCAUUUAACAUCAUUCCAUCACCAAAAACAAUUUUCUACAUUUUCAAGACAGUGUUUGGCUGUUUUUGUUGUUGUACGGGAGAUGAAGGGGAACAGACUAUCGCUCAUCCUGGCAGAGUAGUCGACCUUGAAAUGUUUCCGCCAUCUACUGUUGGCGGACAGGUUAGUCCGGCAGCUCGUCAGAAUGUUCAGAUAUCUUGGGACGAGAGAGAGAAUCACGGCGGACCAGGGAUCAAACAUUUUCAAGAAAAAAUGCAAACAUCUAACGGAUUCGUUAGAAAUGACUCUGAUCCUAACUUGUUCUCUGAUAAACUUACAUACAAGAGAGUUAUGAAAAGAAUCGUAAAACGGUACAUAUUUGAUGUUCAAAGAGAAAACGAUGCAAAUGACGACUUUGAUGAGAUCAAGCAGGACAUCAGUAGCUUCAGAUACGAGAUGUUGAACCACAUAGCUGUCCGGCAACUAGAGACCACAGACAACAAAGAACGCCUUGAAAAGCUAUAUUCAACAAUGGACGCAAUGUUGACACAACAAAAACUUAUAAUGAAAAUGACUGGAGACAGGUCUUUCACAUCAUCUGAAGACAGUUCAGAGCAAGCGGGAUCAACGUUGUCUCGAUCUGUUUCUAGUUCCGUAUACUCAGAUGAUGACACAGGUAUGGUGUCUAAGAAGCGAUCACCGACAUCUAGUCUUAAAGACAUACCAGAAGAAGACAAAUCAGACACUGCUGCAGGUGACAGUAAGAAACCCACUAAAACUAACCUGUUCGAUAAAAUUCGAGAAGACAUUUUCCGACGACAAUCUAGUUUCGAUCGUGACACAUUUGACAGUGAGGAUACAACUAUAACACAAACCUCAACUGAUCAUGCGCAUGCGUCAGAAAAGAAGAAUGUGAUAAGUGAUAGAGACAUAAACGUUGAAGUUGAAAUUAAAAGCCCGAGCAAACUUGGUAUGUUCAGGGGAGGGAAGAAGUUAUGAUAACGAUUAGACUCUAUCGUAACUAUGAAUUGUGAUAUUUUUGUUAGCAAGCGGAAGAACCUGCUCGCUGUACAGAAACAUUUGUUUUACACUAGCCGGUGGCAUAGAGUUUUUACACUAGCCGGUGGCAUAGAGUAUACAAUAAAGCGAAGUUUAACAUGUGCAGAGAAUAUCUAUUUGUAUAUUUGUAAAAAUGUAAAUUAGAAAUUAAGUGUAAAUUUCAAGACAAAGUCGUUAAAUUGACACCAUGAGUAAUCCACAUGUUCAGUAUGCCUAUGUUUUUAAAAUGAUCAGGUACAUAGGUUGACUGUGUACAAUGCCUCUAACGUUCAAAUUAUGUUUUUAACGAGAAAAAAGUUAUUACAUUAUAAGCGUUUUUCACUUUUAUUUGAGUAUUUAUGAAUUAAUGUUUUACUUUGUUUAUGCUAGUCAGUAGAACUCCUUUGUUUAUGCUAGUCAGUAGAACUAUCAUUUAAUUUGACCUGUGUAUUGGUAUACGAAAAGUAAACGUUUUGUUACUGUACAUACAUUUGUAGACGGCAUUGUAUCUUGACAAAUGUCUAGAACAUACUACUGUAAACUUAACAUGUGUGCCUACAAGAUGUCCCUGUCUAUAAAAUGCUUGUGACAUCCUAUUCAAAACCACUUUCAAAUAUAGUGGGCCAUCUUCUUUUUAUACUUAGACUUAUUCAUUUGGCUGUGAGACUGUCAACUUAGAACAGGUUGUAAUAAACUCAGCAAGCAUCUACAGACAGGUUAAUCAGUUAUGGUUAGUAUAGAUAUGCUAUAGAUAAAAUUAUGACAACUUGUAAAAUUGAUGUUUUUAAGUCUAAGUUUGAAGCUAUAAACUUUGUUGAAUAUGAACCUAGUUUAAAACUUGAGUGAAAAGUGUACCUGAGUCUAGAGUCUUUACUUAUUAUCAAUAUUUUGGAUCAGCCUAACCGUACAACGUUUUUAGUUGACAUCUUUGUCAUUUUCUGACAUAAAACAUUCUAUUCGAAUUGACCACUACAUUUCCCAGAUUUAUAUUAAUUGUUUCUUUUCCAAUACAUUUUGUAUUACCUUUCUGAAUGUAAAUAAUGUCAUAUUUCUAUUUUUCGAAUCAUGUUUGUUAAAAGUUUUCCAGUUAAAGGUGGUUAAUCAGACCCUGGCCAAGUAACGGAUUUGUUUGAAACUUUAACGCCAGGUAACUUCCACAUAUUUGUUUUCACUUAGUGCUUAGUAAAAAUAAUUUUUCUCUGGUUGUGUUUUAAAAAUUUUUUUUCCAAUCUUGGUUGCCAAACCGAGACAGAAUUAUUUUAGCAUAAGUAUAAAUUUGAUUAACCUAAUUUGCUUAAGGAAAUAUGUAAAAUAUACAAGUUGAUUUAUACUUGUUUAAGAUAAACAUUAAGAACUAUAUAUUUAGCUGAAACUCAUUUGAAAUGUGUGUUUGAAAAAAUACAAUUACCUCCCUUUGCCUAUCUUGGUUGCGCAACCAAGGUAGAUUGGAAAUAAAUAAAUUCAGAAGCUAGGCACAGUUUUAAAACUUGUCUGUUGGUUUAGAUUGUUGAAAAAUCCCAGUAUCUAUCAAAUGGAAAUGCAUUAUGUUAUAAGUCGUUUUAUUCCCUAGAUAAAUCUCACCAGUGAAAAAUGUCAUAAAAUGUUGCUUAAAUGUGAUUGACCAUCUUUAACUCGUUAAACCGUUGUUAAUGCCUUGCAUUGUUAAAAGUUCCAUACAGUAAAUUGUUUCUUCUUUCUAAAUUACUGUAAAAUCAGAUUUUUUUUGCGAGCCUUAAGGUUCGCUUUGUUUUAAAUACGCGAUAAACGAUAAUCGUAUUGCCAAGUAAGAAGUAAGUGCUAUUUAUACCAAUACUAACAUUUUAAGCAGUUAAAGAAUGUAUCGAAUAUAAACCCCUUGAGAAAACUCUGAUUUACUAGUUUUGAUUGUAUUAAAGUUUAACUUUGAGCUUUUAUAAAUCGUUUAUUAUAUAUUUAUAUAUGUUACUGACAUGUAAGUUGUUUAUUACAUUUGUUAUUUAUAUUUAAUUUACUGAGCAUUCAUUUAAUAUUUAUGUUAUAUAUAUUAUAAUACUGAGGUUUUCUUGUUUUGUUAUAUUCUACAAACCUUUAAGGUUUUCUUAUGGUAUUUUCACUUGAACGAAAGUUUUUAUACACACUUUGAGUGCAACCUUCCGUAACAUGCAAGCCCUUUGCUAUAAUCCAAAAUUAAACGGAGCAUGCCUGUUGAAUUAUACAUGUUACAUGAUAAAUGUCUUUUAAACCAAACAAUAGUUUUUAAGAUAGUUUAAUAUUAUCGUCUUUUUCCCACUGGCUUUUGCGAGGGACAUUUUAAAGUAUUGUCAUCCAGCAGUGACGCCAUGUCAUUUUGACAGGAUCAAAGUUCUCCUGUCAAUCAGAAUCAAGCCUGUGUUACCUUAUGAAGUAUUGUUAUAUUGCAUAUAUAUUUGAUUUGAUGCCAGCAAUGGCCCAGACUUAGUUCAUAUAAUAUAUUUUAUUGUAUUUUGUUCUACACUAUAUGCCAUCUUAUACAAUUUACUGGAAAAGAAAUUAAUAACUGCUUCAAAAAUUUGAAAUAAUUACGCUUUUUUGGAAUUUACCGUCCAGGUGUUGAUAUUUAUUAUAAAAGGAUUGCAUUUAGGUUCAGCCGACAGCCACAAACAUUAAUUGGCACUUAUUGGAUGUACACACACAUUGAGCGUAUGACAUACAGAGUAAAGGUGGUAAGGGUUAGGUUUAACCUAGGUUUUUUAGUGUACAUUUAAUACGUGUGUACGUUCAAUAUGGGAUAAUUAAUGCCUUCCGUCUAUAGGAAGAUUUAUCGACUUCACUGUGUAAUAAAUCAUAGAAUAAUUAUAUGUCAAUAGUUGGCACAUGGUAUUUAUAAAUUACUUCUGUCUGUAUCACUUAUAUCUUAAACAUUUUCUUGCAUACGCAGAAGGCUGAUAUUCUGCAGUUUUUACAGAAACACGUUUGUUUUUACUUAUAAAAAUGACAUAGACCAUAGAAAGAAACUUUUCUUUUACAGGUACUGAAAAAUAAAAAUACUUUUAAUAUACAUAUAUAAUAUUUUUAUAUUUUUAUAGGAGCAAGAAAUUACAUGUAGUAUACUUUCUUCUGCCUAAAUGUGAAAUACGUUAUUUACCAAAGAAUACAUGUUUCAAAAUUUUACACUCGCCCAUUGUAACUGGCAUUCGUUACAGACUUUUUUUUUGUUUUUUUUGUUUUAUUUUGUUUUUUUUUUUUCAAUAGACUAUAAGUAUAUAAUAAAGUGAGCGUAAUUUUUAUUUAUUUCAAACUUAGAUUUUAUCACAUGUAACGCACAUGUCAAGGGCUCAGAGCUAAACUAGUCUAAGUGUAUAUAGAAAUAGAAGCAGAUAGACUAGUUUCUCGCUGAGCCUUCGAUGUGUUAUCUUUACGGCAUAGCCAGCAAUUAACAGAAUACGUUAAUGACGCUAUAGGUGCCUUGAAUAUGUCCUGUCUGUUGAAUAGUUAAAUAUUAUAAGCCUAAUGUCUAUAAGAAAAAUACGGUGUUAACAAUGGAUCUAGGACAUGUAAAAACGUAAAAAAUGUUAAACUGUUUGCAUGGAUUUGUAAAGAACAUGAAUACUUAUAAAAUAUCAUUAGCCUAAUGUCUUUAAGAAAAAACACCGUGUUUACAAUGGAUCUAGGACAUGACAAAGCGUCAAAAAAUUAUACUUGUUGCAUGAUUAUAUGAAGAACAAUAAAAAAUACAAAUUUAAA